AUGGCGCUCACCUUCUACCAGUUUUGGGUGAAGUGCCUGGUCGCGCUGUUGCCUCUGAUCGUCGCUGUCCAUCAAGAAGGAGAAGAAAGUCGUGAUCCCCGGCGGCCCUGGACCGCUGAAGCGGUUGCCGCUCAUAUUGCAGCCUUCUGGGAGAAUGACACCGUGGUUAAUGCCCCUCCUGGUCACGACGACUGGACUGCGCAGCUGUCUGAAUGGCAGUUGUCUGUGCCUGCCGCCAACUUGCCCGCCUGCCCACCUACUGUUGUCGACUCGAUUGCUGAGAGAGACAACCUUCCUGAUCAUGCUCCUCCUUGGCCGACCUCCAACUCCUCUUCGUCGUCUUCACCGUGGCCUGGGUCGACUUCUUUGUCCUCGAGUACACAAUGGCCUAUCUGCUCAUCGUCCUCUUCGAGUACAACCUGGGAAUGGCAGCAGACUUCUUCUUCGAGUUCUUCGUCUGGGGGCGGACUUUUCUAUUCCCCUUCCUCUGCUUGGCCUGCCGUCUGGUCUGACGCGGUCGACUCGGGUGGUGGAGCGGUGGUGAUGGACGAGGAAAUUGGCUUGGCUCUGCAGUUGGGUGACCUUCAACCCUCUUGCAGUGACGCCCUUGCCCCUAUUCCGGAAAAUCUACCGUUGCCCUUCGCAGGACAAGCUAGAAACUUAGAGGGGGAGGCUGCUGCCGACUGGCUCGAGCUUGUACGAGAUCAUCGUGCUCUUCGUGGGGGUGAUGGUGGUCGUCGUGCUGAACCUGCUGCUCUCCCUCAUGGUCGUGACCCGGCCACUCUUCUGGUGGAUAACGCUUUGGCUUCAGCUCCUACUACACCUUCGAUUGGGGUGACAUCUCGCUUUGGUCAGUCGCGCCCUGGUAUCGACAGAUGGCACAACCCCAACGGCACGAUUCGCAAUCGUGCUCGGGAACGCCGCGAAGCUCAGGUGACGGGUGAGGUUUCAUCGACCAGCUCUUCUUCGGAUCAACUAUCUGUCCCACCCUUCACUGUCGUUGGUGUUGGGAGUGUUGAUGGUGAUCCCACUGUCAAAGCGACGAGCUUCUAUGGUGAAACCUUUGAUGUCUGGGCUAGUGCUAGUGCUUUAGGUGCUGAAGCCUCCACUACUGCGGGGAGUACGACUUCGGGCACCGAUGAUGAGACUUCCGGUGCCAACUCGUCCUGCACUGAUGAUGGGCCUGGCUUUUGGAAACAUGGUGAGUGGCAAGCUAGAUGCAGGUCACCUGCAGAGCUUCGUGCCCAUCGGGGUGGAAUGGGACCUCAACGAAUGGCUCGUAAGCAAAGCCGCAUGCAGGCUUACCUUGGUGGCACCUGGAAACCGGCAUGGCUCCAACGGUAUGCUACCGAAAAAGCGAGUCGCCAGCGAGCUAUGGAACAAAUUCGCGAGGAGAAUGUUGAGAUGGCGACGGAGCCCAUCGUUGACCCCAAGAUCAUGGCUGUUUUCUUGGGACGUUCUCUAGAGAGGGACACCUCGUCCGGCUCUGUACCUGCUGACGACACAAGUGGCAACGUGGCUGGGGUGAGUGCUGACACUUCUGUUGAACAGGACUGGGAUCCGUGGUCUGGACAGCAGUGGAACAUGGGAUGGUGGUCUAACGAUGCUGGUGCUUCGUCGUCUUGGGAUGCCCAUUCUUGGAGUUCGUCUUCCUGGAACUCCUGGUCGUCUUGGUCGGCAGAAUGGUGGCGAACUGAAUGGUCAUCUACUACAUCGUCCUCCACUCCUCCUGCUGUACCUAACUUUGGUCUUGACCCGCAGGUCGUUGCUGCUACGACCACCACGGUCACCCUCAUGCAGAUGACAGGUUCGGAGCGUGCUCGUCUUCAAGAAGCAGGUGUUGACCGUGAAGGAAUCGAUCGUCUGGAGAACUUUCUACAUAUCCUUGACGUGCACAAUGAUGAGGAUCGAGGCCCCGAGUCGCGAUGGGCAUUGGGGCGACUGUUGGUGCGCAUUGAGGAUGGGAUGGCUGUCGUAGAGGCAAUGUAUGAGGUCUUGGUUCGACGCCUACAACCACGUGGUUUUCUUCCUCUUCAACGUGUACCAGCUCAAGAACUCCAACGGUGGCAUUUGUUCAACUGGGCUCGUAACCUGGCGACCACUUUUGCUGAGAACUUCGACCGACAUCUUCAAGUACGCCUUCAGGCUGGUGAGGACCAACAGCCAGGUGAUGUGAACCAAGCCCCCGCUACGGAUGUGGAUGGUAACAACGUGCACAUUGAAGCCAGUGCGGGCUCUGAGCCUCAGGCUCCUGUGAUUGAGUUGGGGGAUGGUCGCUUAACAGUGAGAUGGCGUACAACGAGCAUGGACAACUGGUGUGUAUUCCCCCUGCUCGUCCUGGCACCCCACCUCGUGGCCCUCCACCUCCUUCUCCGGUUAAUCGUCCACGACCUGCUCGUGACGAUCCGCCGAUUCCAGUUCAUGGUUCAGUGGCUCAAGCGCUGGCGGGGGAACUUCUUGGUAUCUGGUUGGUUUGUGGCAGACUCGCGCUUGGGUGACUUCGUCAUCUACUACGACCACAACUACGUCUUGGACUUUAUUGUCGUUGGGCUCCUGGGCAUUGCGGUCGAAGAGGCUUUACUUUGGCUCCCCGUACCGCAACACUCAUUGGUCUUCAAUGGCCCGAAUAUGGAGACGCGCAUCUGGGGGCAUGUUCGCCGUGAAGCUGCACAAGGACUGGGGUAUGGGACGCUUUACCCCACAUGGCGAGGCAUACUAUUGCAGGACUCCGACGACGAGGAUGGCGUGCACAUGUUCGAGAUCUCCAUGCGGCUGCUGGACGAGAUGUUCCACUUGGACAUUGGCCUUCCGAAGAUGAUGAAGAGUUAUAUCUGGUGCAAGCAGAUGAAAACCGGAUGGUUGACAAUGCCCCUUCCGAAACAGUGCUCGCUUCGGCUCCUGACCGUCGGGUUGUUCGACAUCGUCGUCGUCUUCACCUACCUCGUCCAGCUCCUCGUCUUGUGGUACCUGGUGGACUUGGAUCCUGAAGUCAUCCUCCUGGACGAUGCCCUGAGCCUUCUGGACCCUGAGGAAGCGCAAGAGAUGCUCGACGCCUGCAUCUCCCGGCCCCGUGCGAAGCACGCCGCCCUGGUGGUUGCCAUGGCCAACACCAGUGCGAGGUGUCUGCAGCACUUCGAUCGCAUCGUGCUACUUGGAGGAGGGCGGGUCCUGGCGCAGGGCCCUCCUCAGGAGAUCCUGAACACGAAAGAGCUGGCAGAAGUCCUUACUGUGGCACCCAGCUUGGCACCUCCGCCGCCGGAGCAGCUCUCGCCAGCGCACUGGGGCGUCCGGAGUCACGAGGAUCCACCCGAAGCCUCCCCUGAACCUCUGGGCGUUCUGCACCAGGCCCUCCUGCGACAGCCUUUGGAGACAUGUCGUGUUGAUCUUCGAGACUGCCCUGGAAGAGUGCUUGACCAGGGCGAAGGCUUGGGAGAGUGGGGGCGUAUCGUGGUCUCGUGGCUGCAGGCUGCUGGUUACGGCCAGCUGUUCCUGGCCGUUGUGCUCGUGCUGCUGCAGCGGUGCGCACAGCUGGCACAGCUGCUGGUGCUCGCACGCUGGGGGGACGUGGCCAUGGGCUCUGGCAACUGCGACCACAAGGGCUUCGCAAUUGCUGUGCUGGUCGCUUUGGCCUCCAAUGCCGUGCUUCUGGUGGUCAGCGAAUGGGUGUGCAGCCGCGUUGCGCGAGAAGCCUCGGUAAGACUUCACCAGAGGCUUCUCGUCGCCUUCCGCCAGUCACCUUUUACAUCCAGCCGCACCUGGCGUGAGGCCUUCGCGGGUGAUCUCGCCCACGUGGACAGCGUGGUGCUCAGCAGCUUCCUCUCGGGUCUCCGGAGCUCCGUGGGGACUUUGCUCCAGCAGGCUUACAUCCUCAGCAUUGCACCGCAGUGGUUGGCCUGCGUGGUCCUCCUGCCACUUUAUGCCUGCAUCUGCUACUUCUGUUGGGUCCACCUCUGGGCCUCCGGCCAGGCAGCCCGGUCGGGGCGCCUCUUCCUGGCUGAAGCCCAGGACAUCAUGGACGAGACUCUGGUCGACCCCGUCUCCGUCCGUGCCAACCUCCUCGGCGCCCGGGUGGCUGCGCGCGUGAGUGCGGCUGCGAAGGCCAGCGCUGCCUUCGUCAAUGUGUUUCCAGCUGCGAGCAGAGCGUGGGUUUGCUUCCGCGUGGCGCUUUGCCUGAGCUUCGCCGCCUCGGCUUGUGCGCUUCACGUCUUGCUGUGCGACGAAGCCAGGCAUGUGGGCGUCGGCUCUUUGGGGCUCAUCGUCUCCCUCUUCUUUGCCUUCCUUGGGGACUGUGAGGCGGCGGCGGAAGUGGGUGGACAGGCCGCUGUUGCCCUGAGCGCUUUGGGUCGGAUUUUUCGGCUCACGCGAGGGGUGGUUGAGCCGAAGGGCUCUGGCGGCGCCCUCGAGACAGAGAUUGAGAUCUCAAGCCAGGAUUUGCAUCCUGAUCUGGUUGUGCUCCCGGACUCGCUCGGAGACGCUGCGGGGACGCUUCUCUCCCUCAGGGGAUGGCACCUGGCAGUGGCGAAGGGGAGGAACUUUGGCGAACUUGCGACUGCCUUGGCGCGCUGGCAGGACUACUGCAUCGUCUACGUCAACAACGCUGCAUUCGAUGCCCAGGACAUGGCAGAUGUGUUGCUGACUGCCAAACACAAGGCAUCUGCCAGCUCUUCGCCAUUGGUCUUGGGUCUACGACACUCCAGUAUCAUGACCGGGCUCUCCGUUUCCUUCGACAACGUGAGCUUGGCCCUGGGAGGCCUAGGCCUCACGAAAGCAGUUCCGCUCAACUUCAAGGUGCCCAGAGGAUCCCACACCCAGGUGGCCGUAGUUGGACCUUCUGGCUCCGGGAAGUCCAAACUGCUCGCCGUAGCUGCUGGACUUCACCACUGUGAUGGAGUUUGUGUCGAGGGCCAGCUGGCGGCAGAGGGUCUGGAGAACUUCAUUGGCUUUGUUUCGCAGGAGCCAGUGGUGUGGGAGGGCACUUGGCGUGAGAAUCUCGACCUUGAAGACAGGUUCACAGACGAGGCGCUCUGGGCCCUCCUCCGAGGCGUGGGUCUCGAUGCCAUUGCUGCGGCAAAACCCCAGGGGUUGGGUACCGUCCUCGCAGCUGAUGGGGGCAACCUUUCCCUGGAGCAGAGGUACCUUCUGUCCCUGGCACGCGUGGCGUUGCGCCGCCCUCCUUUGCUGCUGCUGGAUGAAUGUCCUAUGGUCAGAAGCAUUCUGCCGCAAGCCACCGAUGUGGAGGAGCUCAAUUCCGACAAGAAAGUUCCAGAGACGGGCCUUAUCAAGAGUCCGACUACUUCUCAGAUGCUGAAGGCGAUCCUGUCUGACUGGUUCGGACACUCUACGGUGCUUGUAGCCGUGAGCUCCGAGGUCGCUGGAAUCGAUGUGGAGAAAUUCGCGGUGAUGUGCGGGGCAGCUGCACGCUGUCUGGCGCAUGACAUUAUCACUACGAAGUCAUUUGACACACCGGAGGAGGCGUUCUCUACAAAUAGAUGGAGGGACCUCCUUGAGAAUAUCCAGAGGAGACCUUCUGGGGACUUCCCGGUCGAGGAGGCAUUCAUGAUGAAGUGUGGGAUCCCCAUCCUUAUGUUUCGCUACGACGAUCUAUUGUUCACAGGCCCACAGGCCAUCUCACUUCUUUCUCACGUCAAUCCAGUGAUGUGGGCGGACGGGAGACCAGGGCCUAGGCAUCCAGGCUACUGGAGGGUUCAUUGUGAGAAGGUCGUGCCACAAAAGGAUGGCGAUUACGACGGUCAUCAGGUGUGCCUAGUAUUCGAGACGCACUCGGCCGUGUAUGGAGGCUUUCUUGAAUACUCUCUUGGGACGAAGUGGUCGCUUGAUAGGGCGCUUGCAGAAGAAGGGAAAUAUCUUCAGGAAUGGAGAGAUGCUGCAUUUGUGUUUUCUGCAAUUGCGCUGGAUGAUCGGUAUGAGGACGAGUAUAGUCUUGAAAGAUAUCUUCGCACUUUCCUAGCAACCGGAGACCCUCGCUCAAAGGAGCACGUCCAAGAGUAUGAGCUGAUGCGACAGAGAGCCAUUGACAUACAAGACUUAGAGAAGGGUCGGGCGCUCACUGCGGCCUCGAGGGUGACGAGGCUGAAGUCGGCCGCAAACUUGGCCGCCGAGAGACGCACAGACGAGAAUAAGAAGUAUGUGGCGCAUCACAUGGGGAAGUAUAAGUACUCAGACGUCACGGACUUAUGGGAGCUCCCGGAAGAGGAUUGA